GAAUCACCCCGCUCUGCUACAGCCUCUUCGCCCUCUACGACCCCCAGAGCCGGAUCUGGCUCCCGCCCAACCACCAGUUCCACAUCGGGAAGGACACCAGCAUCAACCUGAUCUUCAGGAUGAGGUUUUAUUUCCGGAACUGGCACGGCAUGAACGACAAGGAGCCGGCGGUUUUCCGGAACGCGCCGCGCGCGGGGGAUUCUCCCGAGGAGAAACCUCCCGGGGGGGCUUUGCUGGACAGAUCCUCCUUCGAGUACCUCUUUGAGCAGGGAAAAUUCGAAUUCAUCAACGACGUCGCCUCCCUGAAGGAUUUCCAGAGCGAGCCAGAAAUGCAGAAGUUCAAGAACGAGAGCUUGGGCAUGGCUGUGCUGCACCUCUCCCACAUCGCCAUCAAAAAGGGCAUUUCCCUGGAGGAAGUGGCCAGGAAGUACAGCUUCAAGGACUGCAUCCCGCGCUCCUUCCGCCGCCAGAUCCAGCAGAACAACUUCCUGACCAGGUUCCGGAUGAAGAACGUCUUCCGCCGCUUCCUGCGGCGCUUCCAGCGGCACACGGUGGCCGCCGGCAACCUGACGGAGCGCGACGUGAUGUACAAGUACCUGGCCACCCUGGAGCAGCUGGCUCCGCGCUUCGGCAGCGAGCUCUUCCCGGUGCUGGCGCUGGAAACGGCGGCCGAGGGCGAGAGGGGCCCGGCCUGCGCCAACGGGGGCCGCGCGGAGCCGGAGCAGCCGCUGACCCCCAGGGAUUGUCCGGUCACUCACCACGUCCUGGUCACCGGCACCGGCGGCAUCCAGUGGCGGCCGGUGCCCGGAGAGAGCACGGAAAACUUCUCCCAGCGUGGAUAUUUUGGGAGAAAAAGCAGGAGCAAGGAGCCGGAGGCGCAGCCGGCCGAGCGGAGCGAGCCCCCCUGGUGCCACUUCUGCGAUUUUCGGGAAAUCACCCACGUGGUGGUCAAGGACUCCAGGAUCAGCAUCCACCGCCAGGACAACAAGUGCCUGGAGGUGCUGCUGCCGUGCCCUGGCAGUGCCCUGGCUCUGGUGUCCCUGGUGGACGGAUAUUUCCGGCUGACAGCCGACUCCAGCCAUUACCUGUGCCACGACGUGGCCCCGCCGCGGCUGCUGCUGAGCAUCCACAACGGCAUCCACGGGCCCAUGCAGGAGGAGUUUGUUUUUGCCAAGCUGCGCCGGGAGGAGCCGGAGGAAGGGCUCUACAUCCUCCGCUGGAGCGUGCUGGAUUUCAACCGCAUGAUCCUGUCCGUGCUCAAGAGGAGCCACCAGCAGGCUCCGGGGACGCCGGGAGCCUUCAAGUACCGGCAGUUCCGGAUCCAGAAGAAGGGAGACUCCUUCGUGCUGGAGGGCUGGGAUCGGGAGUUCCCCUCCCUGCGGGAGCUCCUGGACGUGCUCAAGGGCUGCACGCUCAAGUCCGGCGAGGAGAAGUUCACGGUGAAGAGGUGCUGCCCGCCCAAGCCGGGAGAGAUCUCGGACCUGCUGAUCACACGGAAGGCGAAGGACAACGGGAAGCAGAUCCUGAACCUCACCCAGCUCAGCUUCCACCAGAUCCGCAAGAACGAGAUCACCCAGCGAGCCCACCUGGGCCAGGGCACCCGCACCAACAUCUACGAGGGGGUCCUGAGCGUGUGCGGGAAUUCCGGGAACGACGACGAGGCCGAGUACUUCUCCACGGAGCAGAACAACAACGGGCGGGAGAUGCGCGUGGUGCUCAAAGUCCUGGACCCCAGCCACAGGGACAUCGCCCUGGCGUUCUUCGAGAGCGCCAGCCUGAUGUCGCAGGUGUCCCACGUGCACCUGGCCUUCGUGCACGGCGUCUGCGUGCGCGGCUCCGAGAACAUCAUGGUGGAGGAGUUUGUGGAGCACGGGCCGCUGGACGUGCUGCUGCGCAAGGAGAAGGGCAGGAUCUCCGUGGGGUGGAAAAUCACCGUGGCCAAACAGCUGGGGAGUGCCUUGAGCUACCUGGAGGAUAAGAACCUGGUGCAUGGGAAUGUGUGUGCCAAGAACAUCCUGCUGGCCAGGAAGGGGCUGGAGGAGGGAUCUGUGCCUUUUGUGAAGCUCAGCGACCCCGGGGUCAGCUUCACCGUGCUCUCCCGGGAAGAGCGCGUGGACAGGAUUCCCUGGAUCGCCCCGGAAUGCAUCCGGGAUGUCGGGAACCUCAGCACGGCCUCGGACAAGUGGAGUUUUGGGACAACACUCCUGGAAAUCUGCUUCGACGCCGACGUCCCGCUGAAGGAGCGCACUCCCUCCGAGAAGGAGCGUUUCUACGAGAAGAGGCACCGGCUGCCGGAGCCUUCCUGCCGGGAAUUGGCCUCGCUGAUCUCCCGGUGCCUCAACUACACCCCGGUGGAGCGGCCGUCCUUCCGCACCGUGCUGAGGGAGCUGACCCGCCUGCAGCCGCACCACCUCAUGGAUGUCACGUCGGUGAAUCCCGACUUCCCGGUGUCGGAUCCCACCGUCUUCCAGAAGCGGUACCUGAAGAAAAUCCGGGAGCUGGGGGAGGGCCACUUUGAGGUGAGCCUGUGCUGCUACGACCCCACCAACGACGGCACCGGGGAGAUGGUGGCGGUGAAAUCCCUGAAGUCCGGGAGCAGCCCCCAGCUCCUGAGCUCCUGGAAGAGGGAAAUCCAGAUCCUGAAGACCCUGUACCACGAGAACAUCGUCAAGUACAAGGGCUGCUGCAGCGAGCAGGGGGACAAGGUGGUACAGCUGAUCAUGGAGUACGUCCCGCUGGGAAGCCUCCGGGAAUUCCUGCCCAAGCACCCCCUGAGCCUGUCCCACCUCCUGCUCUUCGCCCAGCAGAUCUGCGAGGGCAUGGCCUACCUGCACUCCCUGCACUACAUCCACAGGGACCUGGCAGCCAGGAACGUGCUGCUGGAGAACGAGCACGUGGUGAAAAUCGGGGAUUUUGGGCUGGCCAAGGCCGUCCCCGAGGGCCACGAGUACUACCGGGUGCGCGAAGACGGCGACAGCCCCGUGUUCUGGUACGCCCCGGAGUGCCUCAAGGAGUGUAAAUUCUACUACGCCUCGGAUGUUUGGUCUUUGGGGUGA